GAUAACAGUAAGUGCUUGUAGAAACACAUUGAGAGAAGUUUAGAAAAGAAUGGCUACUUCCAUUCCCUCCAUUUCCAUUACUUUUUUCUUAUUUGCUUCCUAUCAGCUUGUUUCCCUAUUCCUUCUCUUCUCCUUAGAGAAGGGCUAUGGUUUGCAUGACGAAAAGACUCGACUAAACGACUAUCAUACUAUUCAAAUUCGCUCUCUUCUACCAGCAUCUGUUUGCAACUCAUCUACUAAUGGUCACAGCAAAAAGGCAACACUGAAAGUAGUUCACAAGCACGGCCCAUGCUCGCACCUGAGUCUAGACAAAGCCAAUGUUCCAAAUGUGACUCAGAUCCUCUCUGAAGACCAAUCCCGAGUCAACUUAAUUCACUUUCGACUCAGCUCCGACUCAGCCCAAAACAAUAUACUAAAAUCCUCCAAGGCCACUCUCCCAGUAAACUCCGGCGCCUCAAUCGGCACCAGUAACUUCGUCGUCACCGUCGGACUCGGAACCCCCAAAAAGGACCUCACCCUCGUCUUCGACACCGGCAGCGACCUCACUUGGACUCAGUGCCAGCCAUGUCUCGGCUCCUGCUAUCAACAAGAAGAACCAAUUUUCAACCCAAAUGAGUCAACAACAUACAAAAACAUCAGUUGUAACUCGGCCGAGUGUACUCAACUCACCUCCGAUGCCGGCGGUGUAAUGAAGCGUUGCUCCAACUCCUCCAUCUGCAUCUAUGGCAUAGGGUACGCCGACCAGUCCUACUCCAUCGGGUUCUUCAGCAAAGACACUUUGACACUGACUCCCACGGAUGUGUUGCCUAAUUUCCAAUUCGGCUGCGGCCAGAGCAACCACGGCCUAUUCGGUGGCGCCGCGGGAUUAUUAGGACUCGGGCGAAAUCAAUUGUCCGUUGUCUCGCAAACUUCUUCAAUGUACCAAAAAUACUUCUCUUAUUGCCUUCCAUCAGCGUCGAGCUCAACCGGACACCUAACAUUCGGAAAAGGAGGACCCUCUAGUGCCUUAAAGUUAAAUUUCACCCCAUUUUCCAGAAACUCAAAGAAUCCAUCCUUCUACUUCGUCCAUAUAACGGGGAUCAAAGUCGGUGGACGGAAACUAUCCAUCGCAAAAUCAGUGUUCAAGAACACAACAUCGAUCAUAGACUCCGGCACCGUCAUCACCCGCCUACCGCCGGCGAUUUACAGUGCUUUGAGGACAGCUUUUCGAAGAAAGAUGACGAAUUAUCCGAUGACUAAAGGUUUGCCGCUGCUUGACACAUGCUAUGAUCUGAGCAACAACAAGACGGUGUUAAUACCGAAGAUAAGCUUUUAUUUCCAAGGCAAUGUGGAGGUUCCGAUCUAUCCGACGGGGAUACUUUUCGGUCAUAGUAUAUCGCAGGUGUGCUUGGCAUUUGCAGGGAAUAGUAAUGCUUCGGAUGUUGGUGUUUUCGGGAAUAAUCAGCAGAAGACAUUAGAGGUGGCGUAUGAUGUUGCAGGAGGGAAGCUAGGGCUUGGCACUGGAGGGUGUUCUUAAGCUUAGCUAAUUAACAAUAAAGAUAAGCAUUUAUAUAUAUAUUGAAAAUAAUAUCUAGUGUGUAAAAGUAGAAUACGAAAAUAAGGAGUUUGGUGCAUAAUGAUUAUAUCUUUAUAUGUGUGUCAGAUUAUAAAAGUUUUCAGUUUUCUCCUUUGUAUGAUUGCUCAUGGAAUGAAAUGAAGUUCUCUUA